UGUUUUUAUCGCAGUAUUUAAGCCACCGAUAACAACACAUAUCGAUAGAACUAUGAUAAACAUGGCAACCCUGGAAUAGUUUAGUAUACCCAAGUUGCAAUUUGCGGCGGCUUAACGCGAAAAAAUAACAAUUAAACCGUCGCGAAAAACAGUUUAAAUAGCCGUCGGACGCAAUGAAGAGCCCACGGAGCCAGUAGCAGGUGAUAACAGCAGCUUAUCAAGAUUUCCAGAACUUUUUGAAUCGAAAGUAGAGGGGCUUUAGGAUAAAUAAUAGAUGUACAACUAGUGCCGACGCCACACACAAAAAAGAGACAGACGCAGAUUGCAAAAAAAGGCGAAGAACGGGAAAGAAGAAGAGCGAUAGAAAGAAAGAAAGAAGAAGAAGAAACGAAGCGAAGAACGCGCGGCAAAUGCUGACAAUAAAAAAAAUUAACAUUACUUUUUGCAGGUUUUGAAAAAAAAACCAGUAACGCAACCAAAUCGACUUUCUUGCAGAUCUUUAACGUGUUGGGCGGACAAACAGCCGGUAACCUAUGGGAAAGAAAAAACCCAACGCCCGUCACACAGAUGCCGCAACACCUUUGACCACAGACGACUCCAACAGCCCAUCCGUAUCUGCGUCCGAAUCGGAAUCAAAAUCCGAUUCUGAAACCUCAAAGUCGAGAAAGAAGCAGUCCAGGUCACCUGAAAAUGUCAAGGCAUCCAGGAAAGUCAGAAUCAACAGCUCCAGUGAUUCCGAGCAGGCAGUAGCAAACAAUUCGCCAAAGGAAGAGGAAGAGCCUGUUUUUAAGAUUCGAAUUGUACCGUUGGAGAAACUGCUGGCCAGUCCCAAAACAAAGGAGAAGCCUUCACGAAGGAGUGAUCUCAAGGUUACUACCAUCGAUUCCAGCGACAGCGAGGAACCUCCAAAAAGAAGGAAAUCCCCAUUGCCACCGCGUAACAGUCGCAACAAGAGCGUUUCUAUUAUAGAACUAAGCGACAGUGAGGAGGACGAUCAUUUCGACAAAAAGGCAGAGCAGAUACAAGAAAAGCAGGAAGAGGAUAACACAUCCAAGCCAGCCAAGAAAUCCUCCAAUAACCAGGAGGAACAGCCCAAAAAAGAGAGUGCUACCAGUAGGGCAUCCAAGAAGUCAAUCGAUAGCCAGCAAGAGGAGUCGCAAGAAGGUAGCACAUCCAGUAAGGAAGCCACUAAAACCAAAAACGGAAGGCGUCGACAAUCCUUGUUCAGCGAUUGGACAUCCUCCGAACCCAGCACACCUAGAGCAUCAUCUCCACUUAGGAUAAAACGCUGCGUGGUGCGCCUGAAGCGCGUCAGCCUGUCCAAGACAAAGCCCGCCCAGGAGCCCAGGAAAAUGAGCACCGACUCGGAGGAGGCUGCCACUACCUCGAAGAAGAGCAGGCAAAGGCGCUCCAAAAGUGAAAGUGAUGCAGAAUCUGAAUAUGAAGCUCCUGAAGCGGAGGAAGAGGAAAGAAAAUCCUCCGAAGAUGAACAGGAGGUCAAUAGUAGCGAUAGCGAGGUAAUACCGCAGCGAAAACGGCGUCGCAAGAAGAGCGACUCCGAAAAGGGUUCCUCCGACUUCGAGCCAGACGAAAAGCAGAAAAAGAAGGGUCGCAAACGCAUCAAAAAGAACUCCAGCGGUGAGAGCGAUGGUGAUGGUGACGAUGACAAGCAGAAGAACAAGCGCAAGCACAUACGGAAGAUCAUCAAGACCAAGGACUUGGAUCUCACAACCAAGGAGGCGGCCAAAGAAGAGGAUGAUCGAAGGAAACGUAUCGAGGAUCGUCAGAAGCUUUACAAUCGCAUCUUUGUGAAGUCCGAGAGCGUGGAAAUUAACGAGCUGAUUUUAGAUUUCGACGAAGAUUCCAAGAAGGCCUUGUUACAAGUGGACAAAGGAUUGCUGAAGAAACUAAAACCCCAUCAAGUGGCAGGCGUAAAGUUCAUGUGGGACGCAUGUUUCGAGACGCUCCAGGAGAGCCAGGAAAAGCCCGGCUCCGGCUGCAUUCUUGCCCAUUGCAUGGGUUUGGGCAAGACCUUGCAGGUAGUCACCUUAUCGCACACGCUGCUUGUCAACACCAGGCGCACCGGUGUGGAUCGCGUCCUGGUUAUCUCACCUCUCAGCACAGUGAACAACUGGGCCCGGGAAUUUACCAGCUGGAUGAAAUUCGCCAACCGCAACGAUAUCGAGGUAUACGACAUCUCACGCUACAAGGACAAGCCAACGCGCAUCUUCAAGCUCAACGAAUGGUUUAAUGAGGGCGGCGUCUGCAUCCUCGGCUAUGACAUGUACCGCAUUCUGGCCAACGAAAAAGCCAAGGGCCUGCGCAAGAAGCAACGUGAACAGCUCAUGCAGGCCCUGGUUGAUCCCGGUCCAGAUUUGGUAGUCUGCGACGAGGGACAUCUGCUCAAAAACGAGAAGACCUCAAUCAGUAAGGCGGUCACUAGGAUGCGCACCAAGCGCCGGAUUGUUCUUACCGGCACACCACUUCAAAAUAAUCUCAGAGAAUAUUACUGCAUGAUUCAGUUUGUUAAACCGAAUCUGUUGGGCACGUACAAGGAGUACAUGAAUCGCUUUGUCAACCCGAUCACCAAUGGCCAAUACACGGACUCCACGGAUCGGGAUCUGCGCCUUAUGAAACACCGAUCACAUAUUCUGCACAAGCUGCUCGAGGGUUGCAUCCAGCGGCGGGAUUACUCGGUCCUGGCUCCUUAUCUGCCUCCAAAACACGAAUACGUGGUCUAUACAACGCUAUCAGAGUUGCAGCAAAAGCUCUAUGGCUACUACAUGACCACGCAUCGAGAACAGAGCGGAUCGGAUGUGGUUGGAAAGGGAGCAAGGUUGUUCCAGGACUUUCAGGACUUGCGACGCAUCUGGACGCAUCCAAUGAAUCUAAGGGUGAACAGUGACAACGUUAUUGCCAAAAGGUUACUCAGCAACGACGACUCUGAUAUGGAGGGUUUCAUUUGCGAUGAGACCGACGAUGAUGAGGCUGCCUCCAACUCGUCGGACAGCUGCGACACCUUCAAGUCGGACGCCAGUAUGUCGGGAGUAGCUGCCAGUUCAGGAAAGACGAAACACCGCAAGACCCGUAACGGAAGGGCUGCUGGUGGCGACAGUGAUUCCGAUCUGGAGCUAAAUAGUGGAUUGGGUGGAGGAUCUAGUGCCCAGAAGGAUGAUCCUUCGGAAUGGUGGAAGCCAUUCGUCGAGGAGCGAGAGUUGAACAACGUACACCAUUCCCCAAAGCUACUCAUCCUCUUGCGGUUACUGCAGCAAUGUGAGGCCAUUGGUGACAAGUUGCUCGUUUUCUCGCAGUCCUUACAGUCCCUUGAUGUCAUCGAGCACUUUCUGUCACUGGUGGACAGCAAUACUAAGAACUACGAGUUCGAAGGCGAUGUAGGUGAUUUUAAGGGCUGCUGGACGAAUGGAAAGGAUUACUUCCGAUUGGACGGCAGCUGCAGCGUGGAACAACGUGAGGCUAUGUGCAAGCAAUUUAACAAUGUGACGAACUUGCGAGCCCGCCUAUUUCUUAUCUCAACUCGGGCCGGUGGACUGGGUAUCAAUCUUGUGGCCGCCAAUCGCGUUGUCAUCUUUGAUGUUUCAUGGAAUCCUUCCCACGACACUCAGAGCAUAUUCCGUGUUUAUCGAUUUGGACAGAUUAAACCUUGCUACAUCUACCGUCUAAUUGCUAUGGGCACCAUGGAGCAGAAGGUUUAUGAACGACAGGUGGCUAAACAGGCUACGGCUAAGCGUGUGAUCGAUGAACAGCAGAUUUCGCGGCAUUACAACCAGACGGACCUUAUGGAGUUGUACUCAUAUGAGCUGAAACCCAGCACUGAGCGGGAGAUGCCCAUCCUGCCCAAGGAUCGGUUAUUCGCAGAGAUUCUCACAGAGCACGACAAGUUAAUCUUUAAGUAUCACGAGCACGAUUCGCUGCUGGAACAGGAGGAGCAUGAGAAUCUGACGGAGGAGGAGCGGAAAUCGGCAUGGGCCGAGUAUGAGGCGGAAAAGACUCGAACGGUCCAGGCGUCGCAGUAUAUGAGCUACGACAGGAACGCCUUUGGUAACCAAGUGAUGGGACAAUUCGGCAAUGCCUCCGGCAGCGUAACAUCUAACAAGAUCUUCGGCUUCCGGUCAGACAUCUUGCUGCAGCUGCUGAACAUGAAGAUAUCCAAAGACCAUCCGGAACUCAACCAGAAUCAGGUCAUUCAGCUGGUGCCUACCUAUCUGCAGCAGCUGUACAAUGAGAUGAACAAUGGCGAUCCAACAAUGUACAAGGAUCUCCUGAGCCUGCACUCAAAUAUAGUCCAUCCCAGCGGGAUGUAUAUGAAUCCACUUCUCUACGCCAACCAGCAUCCAAAUGCUGCGGGUUAUAACCAGGCAAGUGGUGGCCCGCCAGGGCCAGGUGGACCGGUUGUUCAUGCGCCACCGUCAGCACCUGCUCCGGGCUUCGAACCGGACACGGUAUACGAGAUCGACUAAAAGAUACCCGAAUCAAACCAAUGGCAAUGGUUACACUCUUUAAUUUAAUCGUAGGUAAUUCGUCGACCUUGUCGAUAUUUCCUUUGGACUAAAAUUACAAAUGUGGUUUAUCCUAUCUAAUUACCAAUUACCAAUUUACCCAUAACCGAGCGCAUAAGAUGAUUAUACUUUUUAUCAACUCAGUUAAGUUCAAAACUGUCCUAAUUCAUGUGUAGACUUACAUUAGAUACGAUUCAAAAACAAAAUAUGCAUCAUAUGAUUUAUACACAUAUUUACACAAUAUAGACCAUGGCUAUAUACAUACAUAAUGCGAAUCCGGCUAGGAGAUGCACGAAAUUAUUUAACACGCGACAAGAUAACAAAAAUAAAUGGCACAGAUAUUAUAAUAAA